UGUGACCUCGUCCUACAGGAAAUCUGCAACCGCAUAAACACAGCAGCGCCGGGUGCAUGAACCUGGGAAAAGCGCUCUCCAGGGACCCCAGCCCCGCCCUUUCAGGCACGCCCCGUCCAGACCUUGAGCCACGCCCCCAACGGACACGCCCCGCCCCAAAGCGAACCACGCACCACCCAGAGCCUGAGCCACGCCCCAGGGAGCCUGACCGCCUAGUCUUCCCGGUGCCCGCCUCUCCUCCUUAGCAACAGACAGGACGCUUUCAUCUUAGCAACUACUCCAGGUGCCACCAUGGCUGAAGAGGAGGUCCCAGUAGUGGCUGAGAGAGUUCUAAAGAUACUGAGGGUGUUCAUAAACCAGCUGGACACCUACAGCAGCGGAAACAUAGGAAAGUUCCUAGCUAACUGUGUGGCUGGGGCUUCCCUGGAAGAGAUUACAGAAGAGGAGGAGGAGGAAGAUGAAACAAAGUCAGCAGCCCCGGAAGCUUCCACCGCAAAAGUGAAGGAAGGCACAUUCCAGAUCGUAGGCACCUUGGCCAAGCCAGAAAGCGUCAGGCCGGACUUCGCAGUGGAGACAUACUCAGGUAUCUCCCGAGAAGACCUCCUCACGCGGCUGCUGGAGUGUGACGUUGUCAUCUAUAACAUCACUGAAAAUGUGCAGCAAGUGGAGGAAGCCGUAUGGGCAGUCACGGCAUUGAAUGAAGAAGUCGCUCAUUUUGAAAAGCGAAAGAUAUUCAUUUUGCUGUCGACGGUGAUGACAUGGGCGAGAUCCAAACCUCUGGACCCUGACGACACUGAGGUUCCCUUCACAGAAGAAGAUUACCGGAGGAGAAAGCAUCACCCUAACUUCCUGGACCACAUCAAUGCCGAAAAGAUGGUUCUCAAAUUUGGAAAAACCGGCAAAAAGUUUGCAACUUACGUAGUUGCUUCAGGACUUCAGUAUGGAGUGGAAGGAGGGAUCCUACACGCCUUUUUUAAGAUGGCUUGGCUGGGCGAGAUUCCUGCACUCCCUGUUUUUGGAGAUGGAUCCAAUGUCAUUCCAGCCAUUCAUAUUCUUGAUCUAGCAGGACUGCAGAUAUUGCUCCUGCCUCUGAUCUUGGGGAACAUUAAAGUGAUACAGAACGUCAUAGACCACGUGCCGAAGCUUCACUACCUGGUGGCUGUGGACGAGUCUGUCCACACCCUGGAAGACAUUGUCAAGUGCAUCAGCAAAAAUACUGGCCCUGGAAAAAUCCAGAAAGUACCCAGAGAAAAUGCUUUUCUAACAAAGGACUUGACACAACUGCAUCUCGACCACUUACUGGUCAACCUGAGGAUGGAGGCGCUGUUUGUGAAGGAGAAUUUCAACAUCCGCUGGGUUGCCCAAUCAGGAUUUGUGGAGAACAUCAGCAGCAUCCUCAAAGAGUACAAGCAAAGCCAAGGAUUAUUGCCAAUCAAGAUCUGCAUCCUUGGUCCUCCUGCUGUGGGAAAAUCGAGCAUCGCUGAAGAAUUAGCCAAGUACUACAAACUACAUCACAUCAAAAUAAAGGAUGUGAUUUCCGAAGCCAUAGCCAAACUGGAGGCGAUUGUUGCACCCAAGGAGGCAGUGGAAGGAGAAGAGGAAGGUGAAGAGGAGGAAGAAGAAGAGAACGUGGAGGAUGCCCAGGAGCUCUUGGAUGGCAUCAAGGACAGCAUGGAGCAGAACGCAGGUCGGCUAGAAGAUCAAUAUAUAAUUCGAUUUAUGAAGGAAAAGCUUAAAUCUAUGCCUUGUAAGAACCAAGGUUACAUUUUGGAUGGCUUCCCAAAGACCUAUGAUCAAGCAAAAGACCUGUUCAACCAGGAAGAUGAAGAGGAAGAAGAAGAAAUCAGAGGCAAAAUGUUUCCCUUUGAUAGAUUAACUACACCUGAGUUUGUGUGUGGUCUGGAUGCCUCUGACGACUUUCUGAAGGAGCGCGUCAUGAACCUCCCAGAGAGCAUUGUGGCGGGAACUCACUACAGCCAGGACAGAUUCCUCCGGUCUCUGAGCAACUACCGGGACAUCAACACCGAUGAUGAGACGGUCUUCAACUACUUUGAUGAAAUUGAAAUCCACCCAAUACAUAUUGAUGUAGGAAAACUGGAAGAUGCCCAGAACAGACUUGCUAUCAAACAGCUCAUCAAAGAGAUUGGGGAGCCUCGGAAUUAUGGCUUAACAGAUGAAGAAAAGGCAGAAGUAGAGAAAAAGGCUGCGGAGGAACGCCUGGCCAAGGAGGCUGCUGAGACAGCAGAGCGUGAACACAAAGAAGCCGUAGAGAUGGCAGAGAGGAUAGGCCGCUGGGAGGAGUGGAGUAAACGGCUAGAGGAAGUAAAAAGAGAAGAGAGGGAGCUGCUGGAGGCUCAGUCCAUCCCCCUGAGAAACUACCUGAUGACUUACGUGAUGCCCACACUGAUGCAGGGGCUCAAUGAAUGUUGCAAGGUGAGACCUGAAGACCCCGUGGACUUUCUGGCAGAAUAUCUCUUCAGGAACAAUCCUGAAAUGCAGUAAAGAUUCAUCAAUGGUGGAUCGUGGAGCUUCACAGGGAGAGCUCAAGUUAAACUUGCAAUUUGAAAAACUGCUUUUGAAAAUGCUUUUCUAGGGUUUUUUUUUGGGGGGGUGCGU